AUGAAGGCCUCCAUUUUGACCUCUUUAAGGUCUGCACCGUCGCUCUUGAUUCUUGGUAUCGUCUGGCUAUGCGUUAUCGACGCUGCGCUCGGAGAAGAAACCUCUUUUUAUAAAUCGAGACCCGAUUUAUACCCACCUGUCUUCAACGUCGAAAAAUCCGAUCCAGGCAAGCUCAGCCCGGGCUACAUUUUCAUCACACCUUACGAACUUCAGAAUCCCGGCCCAUACAUCUACGAUAAUACAGGGGAGUUAAUAUGGAGUGGCUGGGGCGUCUCGGGGCCGGGCAACGCCCAUGGCCUCCACGUGUGUAAAUACAACGGUUCCGAUCACCUAUGUUUCUUCCAGGGCAGCCAGCAAAAAGGGUACUGCCGUGGACAUGGUAUCAUCAUGGAUAAAAACUACCGAGUUGUGCGGUCAGUCCAGCCGGGUGGAGGAAUGGCAUCGAGCGACAUGCACGAAUUCCGUCCCAUCAAUGAUGGCAAAACCGCUCUCAUGACAAUCUACCAACAACGGCAAUUUGACAUGACACCGUGGAACGUCAAAACUGGCCUAGGGUGGCUCAUGGAGAGUGUCUUUCAGGAAGUCGAUGUGGAAACGAACAAGGUCCUGUUUGAAUGGCGAUCUCUCGAUCAUGUUGAUCCGUCAUCGAGUUAUACAUGGCCAUCUCAUACGGAUACUUCUGGAACAGGAUUGAAUGUACAUGAGCCUUGGGAUUACUUCCAUAUCAACUCCGUUGACAAAAAUGACGUUGGUGAUUAUCUGAUAUCUUCGCGGCAUACUUCUGCCAUCUACAAGAUUUCCGGUAAAGACGGCUCGGUGAUAUGGAGGCUUCAUGGCGCGCAGCCCUCUUUCCAGAAUAUCAAUUUUAACUUUUCGCAACAGCAUGAUGCCCGGUGGCUACAUGAAAACACUACCCAUACAAUUCUGUCACUUUACAACAAUGGGUACAACGGCUUCAACAAAACACAUACCUAUUCAGCGGGCAUGAUCAUCAUGAUUGACCACGUGGAAAAAACGGCCAUCCAGAUUCGAGAUUAUACACCAAUUCAAAAUGACCUAGUAAGCUCUAGCCAGGGCAACCUACAGGUGCUUCCCAACCAGAAUGCCUUCAUCGGAUGGGGAAAUAACCCGUUCGUAUCCGAGCACGACGCGGUGGGCAAUUUACUGUUUUGGGGAUCUUUCGCCAAAGACACCGUGAUGAACUACCGCGCAAUGAAGUUUGAAUGGGACGGUGUACCAACAGACUCGCCAGCCCUAUGGACAUACUCCCGAACUGCGGAACCAUUUUCUUCUAUGAGCUUCUAUGUCAGCUGGAAUGGCGCAACCCGCGUUCAUACAUGGCGAUUUUGGGGAGCGAUGAACGUGACUGGACCUUGGAUCUUGUUGAAUGAGGUUCCUAAGACUGGAUUUGAAACCGAAUACACCCACGGUAGAUUCUUCCUCUGGUCUAAGGCCGAAGCAGUGGAUCGCGAGGGCAUCGUGCUGGGAAAGUCUGCGACUAAGUAUACUUUCGUGCCUUCGUCUGAGCUGCGCGAAUUCUGUGCUACCUCUACCUGCUCGGAUGCACAGGGAUAUGGGUUUUCCGACGAAGAGGCAGCCCGUCCUUUCAUUCCGCCAGUAGGUGUCAACACUGUGCCGUGGAUUGACCCCAACAAUCCAGGUUCCAAUAUUUGGACAAAUCCCUCGGGUUAUCCACACCCUUCCGCUACUCCAAAGCAUUCUACUGAGGGGAACAUUGGCCACAUUCUCGCUUGGGGUACCUUUAUCCUCGUGGUGAUCCCCAUAUUCGCCGGAAUCUUCCUUGCACAUCGACAUUAUAGCAAGCAUUCGAUCCACCAACUGCAGGACCAGGAGUCAUAUGGACCUAUGAAUUGCCCGGCUGAGCGGAAACACCCUCCCAUACAGGCCACUGAUCUGCCGUGGUGGAAUUGGCGCAGGUGGAUCAGACAGGAAGAAGUACCCUCCUACUUCCUACUAGGUGAGCGAAGCCCAUACAGUCACAGGCGUGAACGAGAACGGAACGAAUAG